GUUGUCAUCAAAGACCAAAGGCAAGACAAGCUAACGCACAACUGACCUGACCUUUAUUGCUGAUAUUACCUGCCAAUAAGAUAUUAAUAUUGUGCAGUUAACACAGUGGUGACGGUAAUGGUGAGGAAGGCCUCCAGAAAUGUUGGGAAGUCUACACUGGCUCACAAGUCCCAGCCAUACAAGAGGACUCCUCGUCCAACCAGAACCAUCAUGACCCGAAGCCAGUGUAUCACCAGCACCAGCUUCUUUCACGGGCUCCCGCCAGAAGUGUUUGGCAUGAUCCUGGAUAACCUGUCCGUGCCAGAGAUCAGUGUGUUUAGCAUGGUGUCCAAAGAAAUCACUAAAUGUGUUGUGGACUACAUCUCCACCCUGGUCUGGAAGAAUAAAAUGAUCAUCCAAGGCUUUCACCACUCCACCCGCCCUGAGCAGAGAUCCACAAUUGAACACUACAGAAACCUGGGUUUACUGUUCAAGAGAUGUACCCUGUUGCUACCAACAAAGGAAAGGCUCAAGUUUUUCUCUGGCAUGUUUUCACAGAUUCCCUGCUUCAAGUUGGAACAGUGUUUAGCUGCAGACUGCAUUGGCUUUUCCAGCUAUGGUGUCUUCCUCCAGACACUAAUGGCAGGGUGGGGUGAGCUGGAAUGCCACAGAGGGUUCAACUUCUUGUGUGAACUCACAAACCUGCUGCAAAAAAUUGAGGCAGUUACCACUACAAAGCCAGGGGUUAGAUGGCACCAGGAGCUGCAGAUCCGCCGUUUCUGCCGUCAGGUUCUGUUGGACCCAUGGCCAAAGCAGCCACAGUGUCAGUUCUGGCUAAUUCAGCUCCUGAAACCUUGGCCCAUAGUCAGCCAAGCACACUUACUGUUCAUCCUCUAUGGACCUCUGCAGCCUGACGGCACUCUUGGUUGGCAGGACCUGGUGGAGAGGGGGCUGCCUCACAGUGCUCUGUGGGACCUGGCCAGGGCCAUCCUCCGGCUUUUCGGUAAACUAGAAGUCAAAGGCUGGACCACAGGCUCCGUGCUGGCAAUCCUGGAGGAGCUCAUUGUCAUUCCCCAUCCAUGGCAUGUGGAGAAUGUGGCUCGUCUCUUGGUGCUGUGCGGCCGCAACCUCUGCUUCACUGUUCUAGCCAACAAGGCCCUGAAUGGACGACACCUGGAGAUCUCCAGACUUAUCGUCUACAUCAUACUGGUGUGUGAGAAGGAUGGCUAUCACAUGAGCUGGGUGGUGAAGUUAGUGCAGCAGGUCUACAAGGUCUUCAGCACAGGUCCUGAAAGGUUCUGCUUCAUCCAACAGCUGGAGAACAUAUUCUCAGAAAUCACCAAGGAGAUCUUUGAGUUUUCUGUAGCAAUGAACCAACUUGAAGACAGGGAGACUUUCCGGACCCUGAGUAUCCUCCUGGACUCCAGUGCUCGCUUCCACACUAAAUUACUCCACAUGUCCCUGAAAUAGGAAUGAUGCAGAUCAAAGUGACAGGGUGAGGAGGAGAGGGGGAACAGUUGGGGAGGAAACAAACACCAAUGAUGAAGGGAAGUAACUUAAGACCUUUACAACAAGAUUUCAACAUGGGAAGAGGUGUCAUGGUAGCUUUGACUUUGAAUCUGGUUGACAGUUCACUCAAUGCUUUAAACAACAUUGCAUUUGCUGGCUGAAAAUAGGCAUGUUUAAUUACUUUGACCAAACAGCAUGGUUAUUUAUACAAAUGUUAUAUUUCACUCAAAGUUUUAAAAACUUGUUCUUCUUGAAACAUCUUGGAUGUAAUUGUUUUUAUAAGCAGUAUUUAAUAUUUAUGCAUUAACAGUAACAAUAUUUAUUUGACACUAUUUAUGAAUUCACAUCGAACCUCUGUGUGUAAAAAUAGUUGUGAUACAAUAAUAAUAAGUUGAAUAAAUUA